AUGGCUUCCGAAACGGCCACGACCACGGCCACAGACAAGCCAGGGCAACAUCAUGAAAUCGAUCUCCCAAUCCAAGAAGACUUGUUCCUCGAGGACCCCAAACACGUCGAAAGCGAGGACCUGGACGACGACCCCGUCUUCACGAAGGAGCAGCAGCGCAAGAUCAAGCACCGCAUCGACCGCCGCCUCAUCACGAUGACCGGCUUUAUGUACAUGAUUGCCAUCCUGGACCGGUCGAAUCUGGGAAAUGCAGCUAUUGCCGGGAUGACUGUGGACCUGCACCUGAACGUGGGAUACCGUUAUUCACUCGUCGCUCUGGUCCUCUUCAUCACCUACGUCGUCUUCCAGCCCCCGGCCACUCUAUUAACCCGCAAACUGGGACCGCGCUUUCUAUUGCCUGCACUGUGCCUGUGCUGGGGUAUUAUCAUGAUCUGUUUCGGCCUACCGCAUGACUGGGUCGUCCUGAUCCCGCUGCGGCUCCUCCUGGGCGCGUUCGAGGCUGGCUACUUCCCCGGUUGCGUCUACUUGAUCUCCACAUACUACUCGCGCUACGACCUGCACAAGAGAUACGGCGUCUUCUAUAUCAUCGGAAUCGUCUCCUCGGCCUUCUCUGGAAUCUUUGCCUAUGGCAUUACACAAAUGGUAGGAUUGCUGCUCUUCCAUCUCUCUCUGUGGCGGUGGAUGUUUAUCAUAGAAGGCCUGCUCACAUGCAUCAUUGCUGGCAUUGGCUUUAUCUACCUUGUCCCAUUCCCCGACCAGCUGGUUGGGAAAACAAAGUUCUGGCCACCCUUCCUUAAGCAGGAUGAGAUCGAAUUUGUCCUCCGACGGAUUAACAAGGACCGGAACGACGCAGAGCUUGAGCAAUGGAAUUUCAAGAAAUGGAUUGCUUCCGGCCUUGAUCCCAAGGUCUGGAGUUUUGCAUUGAUCUUCGCAUUUGCUGUCGCUCAGGGAUAUGCGGUGUCGUAUUUCCUCCCCAUCAUCCUGCGAGAAACCUUGGGCUUUUCCCUCGUCAAGGCUCAAUGCCUUACCGCCCCACCAUAUGCGUUCGCCGCAAUUGUAACGUAUGCGGUGGCCUGGUUCGGAGACCGCUAUCAUGUUCGAGGGCCCUUGCUUGCAGCCAACGCCAUUAUGGGCUUGGUCGGCUUGCCAAUCCUGGGUUGGGCCUCGUCAGCAGCUGCACGAUACUUUGGCACCUUUCUUGUCGCAGCAUCCGGCAAUGCUGCCACUCCAGCUGUUUUGACGUACCAGGCCAACAACAUCCGCGGGCAUUGGAAACGUGCAUUCUGCUCAGCAACCUUGGUCGGCUUUGGCGGCAUCGGUGGCAUCAUUGGUUCCCUAAUCUUCCGGUCGCAGGAUGCUCCCGAAUACCGUCCGGGCCUGUACGGUUGCAUGGGCUGCAAUGCCUGCGUGAUCAUCUUGGUUGUCAUCAACUCAAUUUACUUCCGGCUGGAAAACUCGAAGGCCGAUCGUGGGCGCAAGAUCCUCGAGGGCGACGCCAACUUUAGAUAUACAAUUUAG